CUCUCUUCAGAGUUCUAAGUUCCAACAAACCCCCCCGGUCGAAACCCUUGUCUAGCCUUCUUCCCACUAACCAAAAAAGCUCACUCUUCCCAGUUCAGUCUCGAAGCAGGAGCACCCAAAUGUCGCCUUCUCUCCGGCUACCCCUUCCGUUCCCGACCCCCCUCCUCCUCCUCCUCCUCCUCCUUUGCAUUGCCCCCGCGCACUGCGCUCGCUCCGCCUCCGCCGCGGCCAAGAUCGGCAAUGGCUACCGCCUCGUCUCCGUCGAAGAAACCCCCAACGGUGGCCUCCUCGGCCACCUCCAGCUCAACCAGAAGUCCUCCAUCUACGGCCCCGACAUUCCCCACUUGCAGCUCUUCGUCAAGCACGAGACGGAGGACCGGCUGAGGGUGCACAUCACGGACGCCGAGAAGCAGAGGUGGGAGGUCCCCUACAACCUCCUUCCCCGGGAGGCGCCGCCGCCCCCGUCGGCCGUCGCGUGGUCCCGGAAGACGAGCCCCCCGGUCGCCGCCUCCGAGUACUCCGGCACCCAGUUCAUCUUCAGCUACACUUCCAACCCCUUCACCUUCGCCGUCAAGAGGAAGUCCGACGGGCAGACCCUCUUCAACUCCGCCUCCGGCGACUACGACCCGUACAGCGCCCUCGUCUUCAAGGACCAGUACCUCGAAAUAUCCACGAAGCUGCCCACGGACGCCUCCUUGUACGGCCUGGGAGAGAACACGCAGCCCCACGGGAUCAAGCUGUAUCCGAACGACCCGUACACGCUGUACACGACGGACGUGUCGGCGAUCAACCUGAACACGGACCUGUACGGCUCUCACCCGGUGUACAUGGACCUGAGGAACGUGGGCGGGAAGGCCUCCGCGCACGGCGUGCUGUUGCUCAACAGCAACGGCAUGGACGUGUUCUACAGAGGGAGCUCGCUGACAUACAAGGUGAUCGGAGGGGUGUUCGACUUCUACUUCUUCGCCGGCCCGACGCCUCUCGCCGUCGUCGACCAGUACACGCAGUUCAUCGGCCGGCCGGCUCCGAUGCCCUACUGGGCUUUUGGGUUUCAUCAGUGUAGAUGGGGCUAUCAUAACCUUUCUGUUGUUGAAGAUGUGGUUGCGAACUACCAGAAAGCUAAAAUCCCGCUCGAUGUGAUUUGGAACGACGAUGAUCACAUGGACGGCAAGAAGGAUUUCACCUUGCACCCUGUCAAUUAUCCCCGUCCAAAGCUUCUGGCUUUCCUGGAGAAGAUCCACAGUAUGGGCAUGAAGUACGUUGUCAUGACUGAUCCGGGAAUCGGCAUCAACUCCACCUACGGUGUAUACCAAAGAGGUUUGGCCAAUGAUGUCUUCAUCAAACAUGACGGCGAGCCCUAUAUCGCUCAAGUUUGGCCAGGUGCUGUUAACUUCCCCGACUUUCUUAACCCAAAAACUGUAGAGUGGUGGGGUGAUGAAAUCCGACGCUUUCACGAGCUUGUCCCUGUCGAUGGCUUGUGGAUCGACAUGAAUGAAGUUUCCAAUUUCUGCUCGGGGAAGUGCAAGAUCCCCAAGGACACGAUAUGCCCCAAUGGGACUGGGCCGGGCUGGAUCUGUUGCUUGGACUGCAAGAAUAUUACCGAUACCAGAUGGGACGAUCCGCCUUACAAGAUAAAUGCUUCGGGAUUGCAAGUACCAAUAGGUUUUAAAACCAUAGCUACAAGUGCUGUCCAUUACAAUGGUGUAUUGGAGUAUGAUGCUCACAGUAUAUAUGGCUUCUCACAAUCAAUUGCAACUCACAAAGCACUCGAAGGGCUUGAGGGAAAGAGACCCUUCAUAUUGUCGCGCUCAACUUUCGUGGGCUCCGGGAAGUAUGUCGCUCACUGGACUGGAGAUAACCAAGGCACUUGGGAGAAUCUGAAGUAUUCCAUCUCCACUAUGCUGAAUUUUGGCAUAUUCGGAGUGCCGAUGGUCGGUUCGGACAUAUGCGGCUUCUACCCUGCCCCAACUGAGGAGCUUUGCAACCGGUGGAUCGAAGUUGGUGCCUUUUACCCAUUCUCAAGGGACCAUGCGAAUUUCUAUUCCCCGAGACAGGAGCUUUAUCAAUGGGAAUCGGUAGCCGAAUCUGCUAGGAAUGCUCUUGGCAUGAGAUAUAGGCUCCUACCUUACUUGUACACUCUCAGUUAUGAAGCUCAUGUGACGGGAGCCCCGAUCACACGGCCUCUUUUCUUUUCAUUCCCCAAUUUUGUGGAGACUUACGGUUUGAGCACCCAGUUUUUGAUCGGUAGUGGAGUCAUGGUAUCUCCCGUGCUUGAGCAGGGCAAGACAGAGGUCAAGGCGCUCUUUCCUCCUGGUACAUGGUUCAGCUUGUUUGAUAUGACGCAGGCCAUAUUGUCAAAAGAGGGGCAGUAUGUCACCCUCGAUACGCCAUUGCACGCGGUGAAUGUUCACGUGUAUCAGAACAUGAUCCUCCCAAUGCAGCAAGGUGGGACGAUAUCCAAGGAAGCGAGAAGAACGCCGUUUAGCCUUGUGGUGACUUUCCCAGCUGGAGCCCAGGAGGCGGACGCGAAAGGCCAAUUGUUUCUCGAUGAUGAUGAGCUUCCAGAGAUGAAACUAGGGGGUGGGUCUUCCACAUAUGUCGAUUUUUACGCGACUAUUAGUAAGGGGAAGGUCAAGGUGUGGUCGGAAGUGAAGGAGGGCCAGUUCGCAUUGCAGAAUGGUUGGAUCAUGCAGAAGGUGUCCGUGUUAGGAUUGGACGGGAUUGGGGCAUCCGACCUUGAGAUCGACGGUGACAGCGCCACAGAGAAUGCGGAAAUGAGCGUCUCGCCACAGAACUUCUUGGUGCCGGUCUCUGGUGUUGAAGAAACGAAGAGCAUGAUGGUUGAGAUCAGCGGGCUCAAGCUGCCUCUGGGGAAGAACUUUGCCAUGUCAUGGAAGAUGGGAACCAAAGGUUAAGAGAUUUCAGAAUAACCCUGUAUUCGUGAUCGAUUAGUCUACUUUUACUUUGUUGUUGGUUGUUCAUGGAAAGGAGAUGAGUUCAAAGAGAGAUUGCCCAUCCUUUUCCACUCGAGUUAAAAAAAGAAAUGUGACCAAAGAGCGGGGUCUUAGCUUUUCCAUUGUUUGCUUGAAAUAAAAGUUGCACCGUUUUCACGA